UUUGUGCUUGACUUUACCACAUUAAGUCCCUAAGUGACCUCUACCACACAUUUUAGUGGUUGUCUGUGACAUGCUUCUUAUGGGGUUAAUGCAGGGUAAGUCUUUUUUUUUUAAUGUGCAGAUGAAAACCGCACAUGGUUAUGUCAUCAGCACCGAAGAAUAAUUUUUCACACACACAUACACACACACAUACGAGAGGGAGGGGUUAGAGGCAGAAAAUAAAUAGCGAGCCUCCACGCUGGAUCAUCUUCAGUCCUGCAAGUCUAACCAUGGAGUGCAAAGGUGUGUGCACGCUGCUGCUUGUACUGCUCAUGGUGACCUGCUCACUCCAGCAAACUCCACCAAAGAAGAAGCCCGUACGAAAAGAAAAGGAUGCUGCCAUUGAGGACCUGCAGAGACAGAUCAAUGAAAUUGUGCAGGACCUCGACCGCCUGAAAGAGGAACAGGCCUUGCAAAGAGUGUGUUUGAAGGGCACAAAGAUCAAUGGCAAGUGUGUCCUGGCCGACCCAGUGAGGAAGUCCUAUCACACGGCCAGCGAGGACUGUAACGCCCUGGGCGGCGUCCUCAGCGCUCCCUCAUCCGUUGACGAAAACGACCAGCUGACACACUACAUCCAACAAAGCGUCGGCCUGGAUGAGCAAGUCUGGCUGGGCAUCAACGACAUGGUGGCCGAGGGCACUUGGGCGGACCAGAGCGGCGUCAGCAUCUCAUUCAAGAACUGGGACACGUCCAACAGCCGGUCCCGUCAGCCGGAUGGCGGCCUGUCCCAGAACUGUGUCGUCCUGUCUGGGGCCAAACAGGGGAAGUGGUCUGACGAGAACUGCCGCGAUGAGAAGCCAUCUGUUUGCCAGUUCAACAUUUUGUGAGCACAUGUAUGCAGUACGUAUGCAGUAUAACCCCCAAACAGCUGCUUUGUGUGUACUUCUGCUGCCAUGCCACUUUAACUUUUUUUUAAAGUAGGAUUUUUCUCAUCUAAUUCUGCAAUUAAUUACUUCCAGAAAUAUUUGAUCAAUAAGAAUAGACAACAUAAUAGGACUUUUUUGGCAUUUGUUCUAUAUAUUGAAUAAAAAACUGAUAUUUAUAACUUUAACAAUACAAGAGAUGCAUUUGAAAUAAUGCCACAAAUCAAUAUAACAGUGGCCGGGGAGCAUACAAAAUUGUCUAAAUACAGUCUAUUUGCACACACUUAAGUGCCCAUACAGAGGAACCUCAAUUUUUGUUCAUUUGUUCCAAAAGGUACGAAAACCGAAUCAGUUUUUCCCACAGGAAAUAAUGUACACCCGGUUAAUCCGUUCCAGACACCCAAAAAUAAAAACAGAGAAUAAUUAUUAGGGCUGUCAAUCAAUUUAAAUAUUUAACUCAUUCACUAGUUAACUCAUAAUUAAGCGCAGAUAAAAGAUCAAAGUUUUUAUAUAUAAUAAGUAGGGAGGCGGCGUGCUCAGGGGCCAGUGGUCGUCUCCCAACCUGAAGGCUGAGGGUUCGAUUCUCCGUCCUCCCGUGAUCGUGUCGAAGUGUCCUGGGUGGGAAAGCGCUAUACAAGUCAAAGACCAUUUACCAUGUAAAUCUAUUUGUGGUAAACGAUUCAAUAUGCAACUACAACGAUACCUACAUAAACGUUUUAUGUAGAGGGAUAUUAAUUUUGGAAAUAUGGUCCAUUGUUUUAUUCAAAAAUAAUAUAAAGUUAGAAAUCCCCCAGUUUUUGAAUGUUUAAUUCGAGCAGCGAUUUGUCCCACUGUUUGACUGUCCUUGAACGCACCUUCUACGUUCUCCCACGCUGCACAGGUAGAAUACUGUACUGUAUUUUUACCUUUUUUCUUUCACCUCAUACUGUAUUUGCUCCCAAAUACUGAUUCUAUGUGGGGAUGCAUAAAGAGCUGAUGAUCUAAUUGAGUGCUAACGUGCAUAUUUGUGGUACACAACCUCCCUGAAAAACGACGUCCAUGCUGGUGGACGGUGGUUCUGUAUUCAUUUAGUGCUUUUAAUUUGAUGUUUUUCCUGUCUUAGUUUGGCACAAUACAAAAUAAAUAAGAUAAAUCAGAUGGCUAUAAUAUAUGUACCGGUAUGUGUUGAAAAUGUUUUCCGGUGACUAACUAGCUAAUGCUAUUUAGAGCCAUUGUCAUCGACACUAGCCUCCAAAUAGCUGUCAUCGGCUAUGCGGGUAGCCAGCAGCUCAUAGGCCAAAUUUUAGCUAGCAGUUCAAAGCAAAAAAAUAUGUAUGGAGACGGCUCGCAUCUUAAAAAAAAAAAAAAAAAACACUUUUUAGUUCGGACACUAUGACCAGGUACCAAUGUAUAAAUGAAAAUUCAAAAAAUACCUGCAGGGCGCCAAUUACUCCUCUCUUCUCUCAGAGGCGAUGUGCUUCGUGAAACCUCAAGUCACAGCGACACAAAUAACUUGGUCUUGUCGAGAGAGCCAUCUGCCGGGGCUUUGAAGCUACACUUACCAUUCGAAAUACGCUUUUCUUUGCACAUUUCUGCUCAAUAAUUUUUCCUGCCUCUAGUUCUACAACUGCUGCCGCUGCGGUUCCUUAAACUACGGCGUAGGCCGAGGGUCAAACAGGACGGUGCGCACGUUAAUCGCGCAAAGUGCCCUUAAAGGAAAUAUCCUUUAACGUUAUUAACGCGUUAACUUUGACAGCCCUAAUAAUUAUAGUUUACAUGCAGAAAACAAUGCAAAAAUAAUUAUGAAUGACGAAUGGAUGGAAAUUAUUGUUCAACUACGAGUUGCAUUCAACAAAUGCACAGACAGUAUUUUUUGUGGAACGAUACAGUACAGGGCAAACAAUAGUUAAGUGCAAUAUUGUAUUUUAGUGAAUAUUUUUGACAAAAACCGAGGUUUGACUGUAUAAUACCAACACUAAUUGAGAUCCGGUCAUUUCAAAUCUGUACUAUGCUGCAUUGUGUAUUCACUGACAAGUCUCACAUUGAGCCUGAAGAAUAUUCUUGUUUUUAACUGUUCUUUCCACCCUCCAUCCACCCUUCAAAUAUACAUGUUUCCAGUUUGCAAGUCUAGCUGAUGUCUAGUCUGAUGUAACCUGAAAAAUAAACCGU